AUGCCUAAUCCUCCACUAUCCAGAAGCUGGGCGGAAAUUCGCCUGGCUUUAGAACACGCUCGGGAUGGCGAGGACGGCCCCGGUAACACCGAAAGCGCUGCAGUCCUGGAGGCUGCCAUCACCGAACUUUGGAAUCGGAUUCAGGCACAGCCAGAUAACUACGUGUUGAGCCCAGACGAGUUUGCCCUCUUCAAUUAUUUUCUCGCCUCGCGAUACCGCGGCUCUCCUGUCGCCCAAAGCGCCGUGGCUCGCUUUUGGAACAACUAUCAAGCGACCACCAAUUGCGACGGUGUCACCAAGUAG